UUUUCUUCUAUAAUGGGAUUGGCCAUGGAUUCUGGAUUUGGGGGACACUCAUUUCCAUUUCCAAGCUGUUUUGGAAAACCUGCUCUUCUCCUCUUUCAUCACAGAUAGCAGUUUCCCUUUCCUUUUCCUCUGUUCUUAUUGAUAAAAGGUGGAAAUGUCAUCAUCAAGGCAUAGCCAUUCAUCAAACAACUCAGGAAGAUCCAGACAUAGUGCUCGGAUUAUUGCUCAAACCACUGUAGAUGCAAAACUUCAUGCAGAUUUCGAGGAGUCAGGCAGCUCGUUUGAUUAUUCGAGUACAGUGCGUGUAAUUGGAGAUCAGCAACCAAGGUCGGACAAUGUUACCACGGCGUAUCUCCAUAACAUUCAGAAAGGCAAGUUUAUCCAGCCCUUUGGGUGCUUGUUAGCUUUAGAUGAGAAAACUUACAAGGUCAUAGCGUACAGUGAGAAUGCCCCUGAGAUGUUGACCAUGGUUAGCCAUGCUGUCCCAAGUGUUGGGGACCAUCCGGUUCUCGGCAUUGGAACCGACAUAAGAACCAUUUUCACCGCCCCUAGUUCAUCUGCAUUGCUAAAGGCCUUAGGAAUUGGGGAGGUUUCUCUUUUGAAUCCAAUCUUGGUUCAUUGCAAGACUUCUGGGAAACCCUUUUAUGCGAUAAUCCAUCGGGUAACUGGGGGCUUGAUCAUUGAUUUUGAGCCUGUCAAGCCCUCUGAAGUUCCCAUGACUGCAGCUGGAGCCUUGCAAUCAUACAAGCUUGCAGCAAAGGCGAUCACACGGUUGCAGUCACUGCCUAGUGGGAGCAUGGAAAGGCUUUGUGAUACAAUGGUGCAGGAGGUUUUUGAACUCACUGGUUAUGACAGAGUGAUGACAUAUAAAUUCCAUGAUGAUGAUCAUGGGGAAGUGGUAUCUGAGAUAACAAAGCCAGGUUUGGAGCCUUAUUUAGGUUUGCAUUAUCCAGCCACUGAUAUUCCCCAAGCUGCUCGAUUUUUGUUUAUGAAGAAUAAAGUCCGUAUGAUCGUUGAUUGUCGAGCAAAACAUGUGCAAGUAUUUCAAGAUGAUAAGCUUCCUAUGGACCUAACCUUGUGUGGUUCAACCCUGAGGGCUCCCCAUAGCUGCCAUUUACAGUACAUGGAAAACAUGAAUUCCAUUGCUUCUCUGGUUAUGGCUGUCAUCGUCAAUGAUGGAGAUGAAGAAGGUGAUGGGACUAACUCCGAGCAGCCACAACAAAAGAGAAAGAGACUAUGGGGUCUGGUAGUAUGCCAUAACACCACUCCUAGGUUUGUUCCAUUUCCCCUCAGGUAUGCCUGUGAGUUUCUAGCUCAAGUUUUCGCUGUCCAUGCCAAUAAAGAGUUGGAGCUUGAAAGUCAAAUCGUCGAGAAGAACAUCCUGCGAACACAGACCCUUUUGUGUGAUAUGCUUAUGAGGGAUGCACCAGUGGGGAUUGUAUCACAGAGUCCAAAUAUAAUGGAUUUGGUGAAAUGUGAUGGAGCUGCCUUAUUAUACAAGAAUAAGAUUUGGAAACUAGGUGCAACUCCAAGUGAUUUCCAACUGAAUGAGAUAGCGUUGUGGCUUUCAGAAUAUCAUAUGGAUUCCACUGGUCUGAGCACUGAUAGCUUGUAUGAUGCGGGGUUUCCAGGGGCUCUGGCUCUUGGUGAUGUAGUAUGUGGAAUGGCAGCGGUGAGGAUAACCCACAAAGACAUGCUUUUCUGGUUUCGGUCCCCUACGGCAGCCGAAAUUCGAUGGGGUGGUGCAAAGCAUGAACCUGGUGUGAAGGAUGAUGAUCGAAAGAUGCACCCGAGGUCAUCAUUCAAGGCUUUCCUUGAAGUUGUCAAGACAAGGAGUUUGCCAUGGAAGGACUAUGAAAUGGAUGCCAUCCAUUCUUUGCAGCUUAUUCUAAGGAAUGCGUUCAAAGACGUUGAGACUACGGAUACAAACACCAAUGCCAUACAUUCGAAGCUCGGUGACCUCAGACUAGAAGGGAUGCAAGAGCUGGAGGCAGUGACAAGUGAGAUGGUUCGUUUGAUUGAAACGGCUACCGUGCCAAUUCUGGCAGUUGAUGUCGAUGGCCUGGUUAAUGGUUGGAAUAUGAAAAUUGCAGAGUUGACUGGCCUUUCUGUUGAUAAUGCAAUUGGAAAGCAUUUUCUCACACUUGUUGAAGAUUCUUCAUCUGAAACAGUCCAGAAAAUGUUGUUCAUGGCACUGCAGGGCAAAGAAGAGAAGAACAUCCAGUUUGAGAUCAAAACUCAUGGGUCAAGGACUGAGGCUGGUCCCAUUAGUUUAGUUGUCAAUGCUUGUGUAAACAGGGAUCUCCAAGAAAGUGUUGUGGGGGUAUGUUUUGUGGCACAAGAUGUAACAGCUCAGAAGAUUGUCAUGGACAAAUUCACCAAGAUCGAAGGGGAUUACAGAGCAAUAGUACACAAUCCAAACCCACUGAUCCCUCCAAUAUUUGGCAUGGAUGAAUUUGGGUGGUGUUCUGAGUGGAAUCCGGCAAUGACAAAGUUAACCGGUUGGAACCGACAUGAAGUGGUGGAUAAAAUGCUGUUGGGGGAGGUUUUCGGAACCAACACUGCAUGCUGUCGUCUGAAGAACCAAGAAUCCUUUGUCAACCUUGGUGUUGUUCUUAACAAUGCAGUGACUGGUAAUGAACCUGAGAAGGUUCCUUUCGGUUUCUUUGCUCGCAGUGGGAAGUAUGUUGAAUGCUUGUUAUGCGUGAACAAGAAGUUUGACAUGGAAGGUGGUGCUGUGAGUGGUGUGUUCUGUUUCUUGCAGCUUCCAAGCCAUGAACUGCAACAGGCACUUCAUAUCCAGAAAUUAUCAGAACAAACCGCCAUGAAAAGAUUGAAAGCUUUAGCUUAUUUGAAAACUCAGAUACGUAACCCCCUGUCUGGAAUUAUUUUUUCUAGGAAAAUGAUGGAAGACACAGAGUUGAGACCUGAACAAAAACGCCUUCUUCAAACUAGUUCCAUGUGCCAGCGCCAGCUUAGCAAGAUACUUGAUGAUUCAGACCUUAGCAGCAUCAUUGAUGGUUACUUGGAUCUUGAAAUGAUUGAAUUCACCUUGAAUGAUGUACUGAUUGCUUCUAUCAGUCAAGUGAUGAUGAAGAGCACUGGGAAAGGCAUCCGAAUACUGAAUGAGACAGCAGAAGAAGUCAUGGAGGAGACCUUGUAUGGAGAUGGCGUUAGACUUCAACAAGUCUUAGCUGAUUUCUUGUUGGUAUCAGUUAAUUUUGCACCAAAGGGAGGCCAACUUAGUGUUGUAGCUAGCUUAACCAAGGAUCAACUAGGACGGUCCGUUCAUCUUGCACGUUUGAACCUCAGGAUAACACAUGUAGGAGGUGGAAUACCUGAAGCAUUGCUGAACCAAAUGUUUGAAACUGAUGGAGAUGCAACAGAGGAAGGUAUCAGUUUGCUAAUCAGUCGAAAAUUGGUGAAACUCAUGACUGGUGAUAUCCAGUAUUUAAGGGAAGCUGGCAGGACUACUUUCAUCAUCAACAUUGAACUUGCUGCAGCAAAUAGGUCCAGAAACUAACUGGUUUUGUAUUGUUCAAAAAAGAAAGAAAUUUGGAGCUUUUGACACUGUAUCUGGUUCAUGUUUUAUUGAAAGCGUUGCAAUUUGAGGGGAGAAAAGGUCUGAUCUUCCAAGGAUUCAAUAAGGUCUCUGAAACUUAUUGUUGAUUGCUGACAGUCACACUAUAAAAUUUGUUUUCAUACUGUUGGGGGUGUCACUGUCAAUUUGCUUUUGAAUGUGAGGUUCAUAUCGGAGUUCCAAAGCAUUUGAAUUUGUUUUUAAUCUAUAGCUUUAUGUACCUGCAAA